AUGGACUUCUCACUUUCCACAACGGUCUGUCAAAUGCUUAUGUUCUGAAGCCUGCCUUCCUUCCUGUCGACGCUUUACUCUCGAUUUGGUGGACGAACUAAUUCCGAUCGGAGAAGAACUCGGCGUGUCCGCGUUUUUUUCUCCACUCUCCUCAACGUCCUUCGUGUCCAGCUUGACCAACGAAACCAUUCUUCACCAAGUGCCGUUGCUCCCUCGAACCAACCAUGGUGCGCGUCCCAUAUGUACCCAAAGACACGCCGGGACCCAUUGCGGAUGCCAUUCGUGCUCGGCGUGGCACCCGUGGGCUGACGCCGUUGGACCGAUCCCUCCUCAAUGCGCCUCCCGUCGCUGAGGGCUGGUCCAAGCUCUUGGGCGCCAUUCGCACUGGCAGUACGCUCCAGGACGACCUGAGGGAGAUUAUGAUCCUUCGUGUAGCAGCGCGGAACCGGGCAGCGUUUGAGUGGAUCCACCACGAGCACGUCGCCACGUUGGCCGGCGUCACGCGCGAGCAGCUGACGCGCAUUGGUGAUAUUCAAGCACCGACGACCUCGCUCACCUCGGCUGGCCCUGGCAAGCUGUCGGACCUGCAAGCAGCCGCGCUGCGCCUUGCCGAUGCCAUGACGACGACGGUCCAGGUGCCCGAAGGCACGUUUAGCGAGCUGCGUGCAGCGCUCGCCACGGGCGGCGACAGUGAAAGCGAGGCAGCAACGAACCGCAAAAUGACCGAGGCUGUGGCGACAUGUGCGACGUACAACAUGGUCAGUCGAUUCCUCGUUGCCCUCGACAUCGACGAGCGUGCAGGCCAGCCCUGCCCGGUGCCUGGCCUUGCCGAGGAGGAAGCCACGCCCCGUGCUGCCGCCUAUCCGUCCUCGCACAGUGCCGAUGGAGCCAGCAACCGAGGGCUCGUUCAAGCUGGUCAGGGCGUCAACCUGGCGACAAGGGUGCACUUCCACAGCAUGCAGGCUCCCUGGCUCGUUCUUGUCAACUCGCUCAUGACCAAUCUGACCAUGUGGGACCAGGUCGUGCCCACCUUGUCUGGCCACUUCAACAUCGUCACCUACGACCAACGUGGUCAUGGCAAUAGCAGCAUCCCUCCACAGCCAUGCACCGUUGAUGCUCUGGCCGACGAUGUGGCAGCCGUCCUCGAUGGCCUCGGCAUUGAUAAGGCCCACGCCGUGGUGGGUGUCAGCCAGGGAGGCGCCACCGCGCUGGCAUUCGCCGUGAGGCACGGUCAUCGAGCAGCACGCAUUGUGGCGUGUGACACCCAAGCCGCUUCGCCCGAGGCCAAUCGCGCAGCCUGGGACGAACGCAUCGCCCUCGCUCACGCAAAGGGAAUGGAGGCGCUGGCAGAGGCAACGGUGCCCAGAUGGUACGGCCCUGGCUCGGGCGCCACGGACGAGGUGCGUCGCAAAACACAUGCGAUGAUCACCUCUACGAGCGUGGAGGGCUUCGAGAAGGGCGCGAGGGCGCUUCAAGGCUACGACCUGCUGGCUCAGGGCCUCGUCGAGCAACUCAAGAACUUGUCUACACUCCUCGUCGCUGGCUCGGCCGAUGGCAAGCUCCCUGAGACGCUCAAAAAGCUGGCGACAGAGGCGGGCUCCACGUUUGCAGAGAUCCCAAAUGCUGGCCAUUUACCCAUGUGCGAUCAGCCAAAGGCCUGGCUCGAUGCUGUCCUCCCUUGGUUGCUGUCAAAGUGAAGCAAUACCCAUUUCCGUCACAAAAUGAGUGACGACAAGGACAAUCUAGCAUGCAUAUUGACUGGUGCCUUUUCGACUUUGGUCUAAUCCUCCCAGCGAUGGAGUCUCGGGAUGCCUAUACUCUCAGAAAAGAGUAGUCAUUGUGUCCUCACGUCUGUACACUUGGUCAUCGCGAAUCCACGAUCAUCUUUGACGUUUCCGAC